GUAUCCUAGAAAUCCGAACAGUGGCAGUUGGAAUAGUGGCAAUCAAAGGAGUGGAAAGUGAAUACUUUCUGGCAAUGAACAAGUCAGGAAGACUCUAUGGAAAGAAAGUAUGCAAUGAGGACUGCAACUUCAUAGAACUGAUUGAAGAAAACCAUUAUAACACAUAUGCUUCUGCAAAAUGGACACACAAAGGAAAGGAGAUGUUUGUUACAUUAAACCACAAAGGAGUCCCCAUGAAAGGUAAAAAAACAAAGAAAGAACACAGAGCAUCCCACUUUCUUCCUCUGGCAAUAUCCUAA